AUGAGGAUGAAUCACAGUGUGACUGAAUUCAUUCUGUUUGGGUUAACACAGGAUGCAGAAAAGCAGAAAGCAAUCUUUGGGGUCUUCUUGAUUCUUUACUUCAUGACGCUGUUGGGGAACUUUCUCAUUGUGGUGACUAUUAAAACAAGCAGGACCCUUGGGAGUCCCAUGUACUUCUUCCUGUUCUAUUUGUCUUUUGCUGAUGCCUGCUUCUCUACAACCACAGCCCCCAGAUUGAUUGUGGAUUCCCUUUCUCAGAAGAAGACCAUUUCCUACAAGGAAUGCAUGACUCAGGUCUUUGCAGGACAUUUCUUUGGGUGCAUGGAGAUCUUUUUGCUCAUCCUGAUGGCUGCUGAUCGCUAUGUAGCCAUUUGUAAGCCCUUGAGAUACACAACCAUCAUGAGCCGGCGUGUCUGUGUUGUGCUGGUGAUUCUUGCUUGGGGGGGCUCUUGUGUCCACUCUUCAGUACAGAUUCUCCUGGCUUUGAGAUUGCCAUUCUGUGGCCCCAAUGUGAUUGACCACUUUUUCUGUGACCUGCAGCCCUUGUUGAAACUUGCCUGCAUGGACACUUAUGUGAUCAAUUUGCUACUGGUUUCUAACAGUGGGGCCAUAUGCAUGGUGAGUUUUAUAUUGCUGCUCAUCUCGUAUGUUGUCAUUUUGUACUCCUUGAGAAACUACAGUGUGGAAGGGAGGCGAAAAGCCCUUUCUACAUGCUCCUCCCACUUCAUUAUGGUUGUCAUGUUCUUUGGUCCAUGUAUAUUCAUAUACACACGCCCACCAACCACAUUUCCAAUAGACAAGAUGGUGGCUGUGUUUUAUACAAUUGUGGCACCCCUGCUCAAUCCUCUCAUCUAUACACUGAGGAAUGCAGAGGUGAGAAACGCCAUGAAGAACUUAUGGUAUUCAAAAAUUGUGGCCAAAAAUGCUCUUGUCACGAACAACUAG